CGAACGGCAGGAUCAAUGACAGACCACAUCAGGGCUCAAAUCCCGACACCACUUGGCUGAUCGCCAGUGGCCACCGUGCCUUCGUUUCGUCUUCACUCCACACAUUCCGUGAUUUGCAUACUCGAGCGAGAGGCUUCGCUGGGUGUUAUCUCGCGCUCGACACUUCUCAAUUCCAAGCCGGAUCCAAAGUCAUCAAAAGUUGGAGGAUAUAUCAGAGGGCUGGCGUGCAGCACCCUCAGACCUGGACCGGCGCGAACAACUCGUACACGGGAUCGCCUCCGCGCCUUCGAAGCAUUGCACCCAUCAAUCUGAUAGAAUUCUCCACCACACUUUUGUGUUCACCCCUGCCACAUUUCGUACUCCGUCAAUCUCCGACGAGUUGCUAUUAUCGUGCUGCCUGCCACACACUGCACUCGUCCGACCCACCACGAUCCGUCGACCCACGUAUACUCGACAUCGCCUGGACUCGCGUUCUUCGUCAGCAUCGGACAGAUCGGGCCGGAAGGCGCGAUUCGCGACCCUUCUCAGCCCAUUGCUCCCCCAGAUGAUGCCCCGCACGAUAAGAUAUUAUGACGUAGCCCAUCAGCAUACGAGUGAUAACUACUCGUACCUUUGACCCGGGGUCGAGUCGGUAGAGGACCGAAAUCAUCAUGGCCCACAUCUCCACCACAUUCAAGUUGCUCGAUGGCGCUGAGAUCCCUUGGUUGGCCUGGGGCACUGGCAGUGGCAAGGCAAGGACCGACCCCGUGGGGUUCGGGAAGCUGGUCAUCGAGGCGGGGUUGAGGCACAUCGACACCGCGCAGGGAUACGACAACGAGAAGGAGACCGGAGAGUUCGUCGCCGAGGCCGCGUCUUCGGUGCCUCGGGAGAAGAUUUGGAUCACCUCCAAGCUCUCGCACAAGGGUGAAGAUCCUGUGCCGGUUUCUGAGAUUCGUCAGAGUGUCGCGGAAACCACCGAACGUUUGGGCACAGUGCCAGAUCUCUUCCUAAUCCACAAUCCUUUCGUUCCUCCUGCGGGCGACUUGGUGGCUGCAUGGAAGGAGUUGGAGGCCUUGAAGGACGAAGGAAAGCUGAAGUCAAUCGGCGUCAGCAACUUCCGCCCCCAGGAUCUCGAGCUCAUCCUCGCGAACGCGAAACAUAAGCCAGUUGCGAACCAGAUCGAAUAUCAUCCAUAUGUGCUCACGCACCUGGAACCCGUGCUGGCCAUUCAUGAGCAGCAUGGCAUUGUUGUCGAAGCCUUCGGGCCCCUCGUGCCAUUGAUCAAGCACCCGAACGGAGGGCCGAUCAAGCCCAUUUUGGAGCGGAUCGCCGCCAGAUUGUCGAAGGAAAGCGGGCAAGCCGUAGAUGCUGCAACUGUCUUAUUGCUCUGGACGAAGGCAAUGGGCGUAGUCGCAGUCUCCAGCAGCGGAAACGCUGACAACAUCAAACGACUUGCCGCUACGUACACCUCGCCCCUGCAUCUCACUUCGGAAGAGGUCAAGGAGAUAUCGGACGUCGGUCGCACGGUACACUUCAGGCACUAUACCGAGCACAUGGAAGUUGACUUCCCUCUGCCCAAUCUACCCUCUCAAUGAGAACGAGAUUUCGGUCCAAGGAUAACGGAAGUGUAAUAACGAAUGUAUCGUAGGUUGCGACGUUUUUACGACACGAAUUCAAGAACCGCGAAUGCCAGCGUGGCAAUUUGCCAGUAAAGCG